AUGAUUGUCAAUAACAAUCAUCAUAGUAGUAGUAGUAGUAACAACAGAGGUAAUGUUGUUGGUGGAGGUGGAGGUGGUGUUCCAAUCAAACAAAUAUCAUCACCACCUCUCUACAGUAUGCUAAGUAGCAAUAAUAAUAUCAGUGGUGUCGGUGUUGGUGGAGGAGGAGUCAAUAGACAUCAGUUCAGUGUCAACAAACCUGAUAGUUUAUUCAAUCAACAACAGCAACAACAUAAUAACUAUAAGCCACUUAAUCAAUAUAAUGAGCCAAACAACAAUAACAUCAACAACAACAACAACAACAAUGUACAUAGUAAUCAUAAUGGACAUAUGAGUUCAACAGGUGACUACAACAAUAGACCAUCAUCAAUGUCAUCGUACAUGUCUAGACAGAACCCCAUUCAACAACAGCAACAACAACAUCAACAACAACAACAACAACAUCAACAGAAGGAUUGGAGAUACCUUUUGAAUGGACAUGACAUUGUACAGUUGAUCAAGGACAACGAAGCAAAGACACUUCUCACUUUGGCAGAGUCGGCAUCUCAACUGCUCAACAUCGAUUUGGACUCCAAACUACGUGGUCGUCUCGACUCUGACACUGUGAAGCUACUGCGACUCUUUCAAUUCACAUCCACCUAUCUCAUGUCAUUGUCCGAUCGCGACGUGAGACCAGCCGAGGCAUACUCUCAUACGUUCCUCUCGAAUCUACAGCAUCUGAAGCAGCGCAACCUCAAGAUGGCACAGGACAUUGACGAUGUAAUGUCUGCACUGCCCACACCUCAGGACCAGCACACAUUUGAUCCGUGGAAGUCAUUCGAGGCUCGCUACCGGAGGAAGAUGGAGGAGAUGGAGGAGGCACACAUUGACAACUCAAAGUGGAUGAACGAUCAGAUGAAAUCACUGAUACGUGGAAAGAAGCAGGCUGGUAUCGAUCAAUCACACACACCAGCGAAUGUCCCGCCACCAUCAUCAGUAUCAGGCUACGGCAACAGUCUACAUCAUCUUCACAAUAUUCAUCAGAGUGGCAAUCAUAACAUGGACGAUGACAUUCGAGUCAGGAACAACAACAGUCAAUACGACAUUAACAACAACAAUGCAUCAAUGAUGAAGCAACAUUUGACACAACAACAACAACCAUCACUAUCAUCGACUAAACUCCGCGAAUUGAUCAAGGAUGAGUUAUAUCCCUACGUUGAUCCCAUCUCAUCAUCAAUUACAUCGGUGCAGCAAGACAUAAAUUUUGUUAGAGACGAGGUCCUUAAAAUAGUCCAAGCUGGAAAGAAUGCUGAGAAAGAGAAGAAGAAGACAGUACAGUUGCACAAGAAGAUCGAGUCAUUGAAGGAAAGGUUCGAUAAACUGGAGAGCAUUCUGUUGAACCUGCCAAACUUGACUGAGGAGGAAGUCAUUUCCGACUCGAGACCAAAUGAGCGCAUCACAACUCCACCAUCUAGGUCACCUCAAUACUUGUCGUUGAUCAAUCGACCCUACAAACUACUAUGUUACUUCAAGCAUUCAAACGAGAAGAUUGAGAAGGAACGUGAGGCUAUCGCUAGCCAAUUGAAUGACAUGCUUAAUCAAAAGGGCGUUGUGCAAACCGGCUUGACCAAGGCAGAGCUGGCAGACCUCAUGUCUGAGCUGGAGAUGGAGCGCCAAACUGACAACAACUAUGACGAACAGGCAGAGAUGCGAGCACACCUCGAAUCGGUCAUUGAUGAUGUCAUCGCACAGCAACUGUACACAACCUUUGUCGAUCCGACUCAGUCGGAGCCACCAACCAACCAACUGCAUCACUCUACGCCAUUGAUCAAACAGCAGUCUAGUGACAUGCUCUCUGGAAGCAGCCAUCUCCUGAUGGGAUACAACAACAGUAGUAGUCUGACACGUAUGCCAAAGAGCAACAACAGCACACCCAACAUUGCGAUGGGACGACAGAGCCCUCCACCACAGCAACGCGGCUCACCAGACAACCUUGACCUUUCCAGCGAGGACAGCGACAAACGACAUAUCUCUUACAUUCAUUCUCGAGGUGGUGGUGGAGAUGGCGGUGUAGACAUGGGUAGACGUGGAUCAACCAACAGUAACAGCAACAUCAACAACAACAUCCUCAACGACCUUGUUAUGGAAGACCAAAUCAUCCAGAAGUACCUGGAGAACGUCAAGCAAGAAAACAAUCAGCAGGAUGCAUCGAGCAUUGGAGAGGACAACAGUGAGGUUGAGUCUAAUAGUAGUGGCAACGACACGCAUAGCAAAAGCAAGUCACAUCACAGACACGAUAUUGCCAAAUCAUCAGACGACGACAAUGAUGAUGAAGAAGAAGAAGAGGAUGACGACGAUGUUGUACUUAGAUAG